AUGUAUGGAACCACAUCUCUUAUUCUUUAUUAUGAUGAUUUUGCGAUUUUACUCUUUCAUUAUGAUGGUCAGACUAGUGAAUGGGAUCAAUUUGAGUGGUCAAGGAAUGCAAUCCAUAUUAGUGCAAGGAAACAAACAAAAUGGUGGUAUGCUAAAAGAUUUUUGCACCCUGAUAUAGUUUCAGCCUAUGAAUAUAUUUUUAUUUGGGACGAAGAUCUUGGAAUAGAACACUUCAAUGGAGACAAGUAUAUUAAUUUAGUUAAAAAACAUGGUUUGGAGAUCUCUCAACCUGGUCUUGAGCCCAAUAAUGGGUUGACAUGGGAGAUGACAAAAAGGAGGGGUGACAAAGAAGUUCACAUGAUUUCAGAAGAGAAACUAGACUGGUGUAGCGAUCCACAUUUGCCUCCUUGUGAUAUAUUUGUGGAAAUUAUGGCACCCGUCUUUUCCCCAGCACAUGAAAAAAUUGGUGUAAUUGAUUCACAAUGGAUUGUUCAUCAAGUAAUUCCUUCACUUGGUAAUCAGAAAGAAUCUAAAAAAAAUGAA